GGAAAUAGCGGCAGCCGUGCUAUGCUCUUAAACUAGAGUCAUAACCACAUCAGCAGCCGCUCACGAUGCUUAAAUAUCAAAUCUGUAAUUAAUCCAAAAGAAAAAUAAUCACGUUAUCUUCUUGCAAAAGAUAUGUCAGAGAUGGCAGUGGAUCAUGUUAAGUUGUUUCAAAAAAUCCCUUGAGGCUAAAAGAAUAAUUUCAUUAUUGGACAUCAAUACACAUGUUUAUGCUCUAUAUUUCCAACUCUCAAGACUGACACAGAGAGUUUCCAAACCCUGACAAGUCUUGUUGGCAUGUCUCUACCGCUAUUGUGUUAACUUGAUGGAUAUUUUUCCAUUGUUCCAAGCAUAAAUGUUUAUCUUUCACGAUGUGCCUAUGAAUUCCUUGUUUCAGCGUAGGCUUCAGAAAUUGAGGCACUAUAGAAGAGUCCAGUCUUUAUUUAGGGAAUCACUUUGAAUUGUUACUUCCCUGUAACAUCGCAGUCAAGAUGGAGUCCUACCUCUUCCAGUUCGACAGCCUGAUCUGUAUGCUCUUGGGCAUCUCCUUCACGGUGUGGUUUACUCUUCUGCUGGUCUUCAUCAUUGUGCCUGCAAUCCUGGGUGUGUCGUUCGGGAUCCGCAGGCUCUACAUGAAAUCACUGAUCAAGCUUUUUGAGUGGGCGACAUUAAGAAUGGAGAGGGGAGCCAAGGAGAAGAAUCAGCAUCUCUACAAACCCUACAGCAAUGGGAUCAUUGCUAAAGAGCUAGUGUCACUUGAACAGGAGAUCCAGGAAAUGAGGCGUGGCGGCGCAGAGCCCGAGUUUGACAUGUCCGACAUCUUCUAUUUCUGCCGGCGAGGUGUGGAGAGCAUUGUGGACGAUGAGGUGACCAAACGAUUCACAGCAGAGGAGCUGGAGUCUUGGAACCUGCUAACCCGCAGCAACUACAAUUUUCACCACAUCAGCACCAGACUCACAGCACUGUGGGGGGUGGGAGUGCUCAUCCGCUAUGGGUUCCUGCUGCCGCUCAGGGUCACGCUUGCUUUUACUGGUGUCUGUCUUCUUGUUGUUUUGACGUCAAUCGUUGGCCUGUUUCCAAAUGGAAGGAUGAAGAAUUAUCUGAGUGAUAAGGUUCAUCUGAUGUGUUACCGCAUCUGCGUGCGAGCCCUCACUGCCAUCAUCACCUACCAUGACAGUGAGAAUAAACCAAAAAAUGGAGGAAUCUGUGUGGCCAAUCACACCUCUCCCAUUGAUGUCAUCAUUCUGGCCAGUGACGGAUGCUACGCUAUGGUGGGUCAGGUCCACGGUGGUCUGAUGGGGGUCAUUCAGAGGGCGAUGGUCAAAGCCUGUCCGCACAUUUGGUUUGAGAGGUCUGAAGUCAAGGACAGACACCUAGUGGCUAAACGAUUAAGUGACCAUGUUGCAGAUGAAAGCAAACUGCCCAUCCUCAUAUUCCCAGAAGGAACCUGUAUUAACAACACUUCAGUCAUGAUGUUCAAGAAGGGAAGCUUUGAGAUCGGCUGUACUGUUUACCCUGUCGCCAUAAAGUACGACCCUCGUUUCGGUGAUGCGUUCUGGAACAGCAGUAAGUUUGGGAUGGUGAACUAUCUGCUGCAUAUGAUGAGCAGUUGGGCCAUCGUCUGCAGCGUCUGGUAUCUUCCUCCAAUGAGCAGAAUGGAAGGGGAGGACGCUGUGCAGUUUGCCAACAGGGUCAAGGCGGCCAUUGCUAGAAAGGGAGGCCUGGCAGACUUGUUGUGGGACGGCGGUCUGAAACGUGGGAAAGUUAAAGAAGUUUUCAGAGAGGAGCAGCAGAAGCUGUACAGCAAAGUUUUAGUGGGCAAUAGCGAAGACCGCAGUCGCUCCUGAAGGGACCCAGCUGUCUUGCUUGACUUGAAACAUGCUGCGCAGCGCUCACGGCGAGAGCCUGGACCCUCCGCAGAAUGCAGUGUGGCCCAAGACUGGCCCCCUUCUGAAUCUGCUCACACAGAACUGUAGAACUGGACUGAAGAAAUCAGUCAAGAGCCGGUGAGGGAGAAUGUUGUUGCCAGAUCCUCUGCCCACUGCUGCGCCUCAGGAGCUUUUUGCGUUAUUGCACGAUUGUCUCAGUGGCAUUCAAUUUCUGGGCUGAUUUCAACUUGGAGUGAGAGUUACACGUGACAUACUUGAUUUUUACUUCCUUCACAGUCUGUUAAUGUUUUGCAUAUUUGUGCUUUGUUACUGUAUUGCACGAUGUCCCAGGAGAAGUGUGAGAGAGUUUGAAGUGAUUUAUUUAAGCUUGUAAAAUAAAAAAAAACAGAGGAUGGUGUGCGUAGAGCUUUAGUGUUGCAAGAACCAUGUCCAUUAAUUGUUUAGAUGCUCAGCGUUCAUCUCCUCAUGGCAGCCUA